AUGGGAUUAAAUCUUGGACAAACAGAUAAUAAUGUUUGUAUAAAUUCUAAUUACAAUUGGCAUGAAUUAAGUCAAUCAUUGAUUGAUGAAUAUUAUGCUAUUCACAAUGGUGUUUGUAAAAAAUAUGAAGAACGACUUGUUGUUAUCUACGAUUUCAAUAUCAAGGAAUUGAAAACAAAUUUUUACAAUUCGAUAAUGCAAUUAGAACCUAUUGUUGAUGGCAUUAACAUAUUUACGAAUAUCGAUCGAUGCGUUGAGUUUUUAAUGAAAAAUGAACAUGCAAAAAUAUUUUUGAUCAUUCGUGGUCCUAUCAGUGAUUCUAUCAUGUCGCGUAUUCAUCACAUUUCACAAGUUAAUUCUAUUUAUAUCUUACUGCAACACGAAUCAUAUGAUGAUCAAUCGAUUAAAAAUUGGUUAAAAGUAACUGGUAUUUAUACCGAAAUUUCAGUCAUCUGUAAUGCCUUAAAACGAACAAUACAAGAAUGCAAUCAAGAUUCAAUUGCCAUAAGUUUUAGCUUGUCACAUGAAAUAUUAGAUCAAUCUUUUUCAUACAUUUAUCUCUUCAAAAAAAAUGUAUUUAACAACAUCGAUGAUCGUUCCUAUGAACAAGUAAACGAAUUAACGAAAUAUUAUCGUGAAAAAUAUCCAUAUAAUCAUGUAAUGUUAAAAGUGUUGGAAAGAUUUGCUCAGGAAUAUGACCAACAGAAAGCUAUUUGGUGGUUUACAUAUGCAUGUUGUCUAGAUCCUUUACUUACACAAGCAUUACGAACUUUAGAUACAGAUACUAUCGAUAAGGUCAAGUUUUUUCUUAUCGAUAUUCAUCAACAAAUCGAAAAACUUUAUAGAGAACAAUCUGUAGAUCAUCACGAUUCUUUUAUUGUCUAUCAUAGUCAAGGAUUAACUGAUCAAGAUUUUGAAAAAUUAAAGCAGAGUAAACAUGGAUUGAUAUCUUUCAACAACUUCUUAUUAACAAGUCAAAAUUAUGAAUUAUCUUUUGAAAUCGCUCAUAAAAUUUCACAAAAAUCAGAUUUAAUUGGUAUUUUGUUUGUUAUGUCAAUUAAUCCAAUUCGAUCUACUAUUCCUUUUGCUCGUCUUAAUAACGAAAUAGCCUUCGGUUCAUACGAAGAGGAAAUACUUUUUUCCAUGCAGACUAGUUUUCGUAUCAUUGGUAUUCAACCAAUGGAAGAAAACAACUGA